AAAUCGCGACAUCUGACAACCAAAUUGUUUGCUGGAUGGAAUUCUAAAAAACAGGAGGUGCGGUUUUCCUUGCGGUAAAUAAUCAGUGCAGUUGUGGACAAGCGAUUGUUACAGUCAAUUGUGGUGUACGGCGUUUGUUAACGCUAUUUAUUUCUAAGAGAAAACGACCCUCUUGCCCACGUCUACUCUGCAAAUUUUUGACGCGCUGCGUACGGUGAUAAAACUCGCGCGCCUUUUGUGGGGAAUCAUCUUCAACAAUUCAAUGUUCGCAGGUUUUGAUAGAUAAGAUGGGAAGGAGAUAAUCUGUGGACGACAUUCGAUCAAACAAGCCAGAUCAGUGUUUGAGUUGUUGUCGCGAGAGAAUAAGGUAAACUGAAGAAGAGUCGGUGAAAAAUGGACACUUUGGACGUGUCGAGGAAAAAAAAUGUCGAAGGCGAAAUUCAAGAUCAUCCAGACAAUCAGAUAAAUGCCGAAGGACAAGAAGAGAAGCUGAAAUAUCCCAAGUCGGUGUUCUUCAUCGUCAGUAAUGAAUUCUGCGAGAGAUUUUCCUUCUAUGGAAUGCGCACUGUAUUAUCGUUAUACCUGACAACCAUGCUAAACUACAAUGAAGAUACAGCCACGAUGAUCUACCACAUAUUUACCUGUUUUGUUUAUUUUUUCCCACUGUUUGGUGCAAUUUUGUCCGAUUCAUGGCUCGGCAAGUUCAACACUAUUUUUUACGUGAGCAUUAUUUACGCAAUCGGACAGCUGAUUCUAGCCACGAGUGCGAUACCUGUCACCGGACUCGGAUUAUUAGACGCAAGAGCACUUUCGUUAUUUGGUUUAUUCCUGAUAGCGUUGGGAACAGGUGGAAUAAAACCCUGUGUAUCGGCCUUUGGAGGCGAUCAAUUUGUUUUACCUCAGCAAGAACGAUACUUAACGAUGUUUUUUUCCGUCUUCUACUUCUCCAUUAACACAGGCUCUUUGAUCUCCACUCUUCUCACGCCGACGUUGCGUGAGUUGGAAUGUUGGAACGACAAGUGUUUUUCUUUGGCAUUUCUGGUACCGGCUGUUCUGAUGAUCGUAUCAAUUGUGGUGUUUGCCAUGGGUAAACGAUUGUACAAAAUAGUCAAGCCUAAGGGCAAUCUCAUCGUUACGGUUUCUCAAUGUAUCGGCCACGCGAUCUACAAUAAAGUGAAGAACAAAACGAAACGCGAUCAUUGGCUCGAUCAUGCUGAUGAUGUGUAUGAAAGAACAUUGAUUGACGAUAUUAAGGCCUCGCUGCGAGUUCUGAAAAUGUUCAUACCGCUACCGAUAUUCUGGGCGCUGUACGAUCAACAAGGUUCUCAAUGGACGUUUCAAGCGACGCGAAUGGACGGCCAGAUAGGCAAUUGGGUGUUGUUGCCCGACCAAAUGCAAGCGGUGAAUCCGCUGCUCAUUAUGAUUUUCAUACCUCUUUUCGAGACGUGCAUCUAUCCGAUGUUUGCCAAGAUACAUCUGAUCAAUACGCCUCUGAGAAAGCUCGUUGUCGGCGGUUUUUUGGCCAGCGUGGCUUUCAUCGCUGCCGGCCUUGUCGAAUUAAAGCUUGAGACAACGUAUCCAAUAUUGCCGUCUGAGGGAUUAGCUCAAAUACGUAUUUUCAACACAAUGAAUUGUACCGUACACUUAAAACUAGAUAUGCCAGAUAAAACAAAAACUGCAACAAUAAAUGGAUUAAAGAUGUAUGAAAUGCUGUAUGUGAAGGCGAAUGAAACCGGUGUUACAUUGCCCUAUACAGCGGACUUUAUAGACUGCAACUUGGCUGGUUACACCUCGUUAAGAGACAAUGUAAAAGGAAACAUUACGGGUAAGGAGGCCGACGCAACGUCUUGGAUUAUAACGCCGAUUGGACUUGACGACAAUAAUAAGUACAUAGACAAAGUGGACAAACCAGCAAAUGGCAACCCGAUGGUUCGUGGUGUCAUUUAUCUUACGGAGGAACACAGUAACGCUACCCUGACGUUCAAGUAUAACAACGAAGUUACGACGUCGAUACCUAUGACAAAACUUAAGUCAAGUCUGGUGGAAUUGGACAAACCGGGCGAGUAUGAUAUCUACUUGGACAAAACUCUGCUGAAGAAAGCCGAAACCUUCAAACUCGGAGGAGUGUACACCGUAUUGGGUUCUCUCGUGAAGUUACGAGACAAUGAUGUAUUAGCCGCUAAAAUAAUAACAGUAACAAAACCAAACGAGGUGCACAUCGCUUAUUUAUUGCCACAAUACAUCAUUAUCACAAUGGCCGAAGUGAUGUUCUCCAUAACGGGUCUAGAAUUCGCCUUCACCCAAGCACCGAAAAGCAUGAAGUCCUUGUUGCAAGCAGGCUGGUUAUUAAGUAAUGCUUUCGGUAAUCUCAUCGUAGUAAUCAUAAAAGGCUCGCAUCCUUUCCAGCGGCAGAUGUACGAGAUUUUCUUGUACGCCGGUUUAAUGGCGGUGGUCAUGGCAAUAUUCACUGUGAUGAGUAUAUUCUACAAAUAUGUAGACAUACCGGACGAAGAGGAGGAUGGAACUACAUACGGAGCCAUACCUCUAGAUGAAAAAAAAGGAAAUGAUAAUCCGGCCUACAAAGAGGAUGAAAAAUGACAAUGAGGGAAACGGUCGAGUUAGAAAUUUUUGUGUGUGUUCGUGUUAAUCAAAAAACAACAAUAAUGAAGCGAUAGCUCUAUGAAGCAUGAAAUAUUGGUUCCCGAUUGGUGAAUCGAGAACUCGCUCAUUUUUAUCGAAUUUAUUUUAAUAUUGUUUCGGAAUUUGUUUUAAAUUGCAAAAGUUGUGUAGGAAUUUUUUUCCUGAUGCAUAAACCUAUUUCUCUCAAAUCAAAAUUAUAUAGGCAAAUUUUUAUAAAUAAUUGAAGAUAACUAUAUGUAUAUAUGUGUAUAUAUAAAUAUAUAUACACAUACAUGUGCCCGCCAAAAGUGUGUUCCGGGCCACCUAAAUAAUUUCUGAAUAAUUCAAGAUAUUGGAUUGAAAUUUAUAGGGAUAAAAUGGGAUCACAAAGUCUAUCAUUUAACCACAAAAACACUUAUCUCCUAAACUCUCAAUGGAAAUGUUUAAAUGAUCAUAACUCUGCGAAAAAAAUCGUAGAGACUUUGACGACCCCGCGUUGUUCUCGUCUCGGAAAGCCCUUUCAAAGCCCUUUCACGAGCUCUCACUCGACUCAACAUGCCGUUUAAGAUUUUCCGAUCCCCUUCUUCCUCCACGGUAGUGCAGAGAUAAGUGUUUUUGUGGUUAAAUGAUAGACUUUGUGAUCCCAUUUUAUCCCUAGAAAUUUCAAUCCAAUAUCUUGAAUCAUUCAGAAAUUAUUUAGGUGGCCCGGAACUUUUGGCGGGCACAUGUACGUGUAUAUAUAUUGUAUAUGUAAAUAUACAUAUGUAUAUAUAAAUGUUUCCAAGAAUAAGCAUUUAAAAAAUGUUAAUUAUUAAUAUUCUCAAAAGAAUAAGCAACAGAAUACCUCAUAUCUCAGAAUGAUGAUUCAAAUCAUAAGAAAUAUAUUUUGUGAAUAAGUAUACUAAUUUAUUCGCUAACUGUGAAUAAGUAUACUAACUUUUUUAACAAUUUUUGUUUUUUCUUAAAAUAAAUAAAAUGAAAAAAUUUCAUUCUAGCAAACUAUUAA